AUGCGUAGUACACGCCAUUAGCCAGUGAAAGCCGAAUGGUAGUGUCGUAGGAAAUAGCUUUUCGGUAGUAGAAGUCGGUUUAUAAGACAAAUUUAACUUGGAAGAUAGUACACACAAAGAUGAAAUUACUACCUAAGAUUCUUCUUAUCGCUUUGCUAGCAUUUCCAGCAACUCUUCUUUUGAACAGUAGAGGGCCACUGGUUGCUGCUCAAGAUGCAACUGAAGAUGAGGAGGCAGCUGAGGACAUCAUUGCAGAGGAGGAAGAUGAUGAAGCUGAAGUAGAGGAUGAUGAAACUACAGAUCUGGUAGAAGAAAAGGAAGAUGACGAUGAAGAUGUAUCAAGCGAAGCCAAAGCCUCUCCAAAUGCUGACACCACUAUCCUUUUUGUCAAAGGCGAAGAUUUCCCAGCCAACAAUAUUGUCAAAUUCCUUGUUGGCUUUACUAACAAAGGAAAUGAAGACUUUGUGGUUGAAUCUUUGGAUGCUUCCUUUCGGUAUCCCCAGGAUUAUCAGUUCUAUAUCCAGAACUUCACCGCCCUACAGCUGAAUACCUUGGUGCAGCCUCAACGACAAGCAACCUUUGAAUAUUCCUUUAUUCCAGCUGAGCCAAUGGGGGGCCGUCCUUUUGGCCUUGUUAUUAAUCUCAACUACAAGGAUCUUUCUGGCAAUGUUUUCCAAGAUGCAGUUUUUAACCAAACAGUUACAAUCACAGAGAGAGAAGAUGGCUUGGAUGGAGAAACGAUCUUCAUGUACGUUUUCCUUUCUGGACUUGGGCUUCUUGUUGUUGUUGGUUUGCACCAGCUUCUGGAAUCUAGAAAGAGACGGAGACCAGCAGCAAAGGUUGAAAUGGGUACUUCCAGCCAUAAUGAUGUGGAUAUGAGUUGGAUUCCUCAAGAAACUCUCAAUCAGAUUAUGCAAAGCAGACGAGAUAAAGCUUCGCCACGGAGGUCUCCACGUAAGAGGGCACAAAAAAGAUCUGCAGGAUCCGAUGAAUAGCUGUGACGAGAAGUUCCACCCACAUUAACUCAGUCCAUUAUGUGGUAGAUUGAAAAUGUGUUGAUGCCCAGAGAACAUAAUUGGGGGGGAGAAAAAAAAAUUGGUGGGCCUUAACCUACAAAAAUUGGUAUCCUGACUGCUGUGCACAUGGUUUUUAUAAAAAGUUAUUCUUACAUCAGAUUACGGUGUCAAUCUUUAGCCUAACCCACAUGAACAAUGUCAGUAAAGUCAAAAACACGCUUAAUCAGUGUUGCUAGGUGUGGGAAUUGUGGUGAAAGACACCACAUUGCUUUUCAGCUGUGUUUUUUUUUUAAGAUGCGUUAAAUAUUACCAACUAGAUGUUUAAAUCUAGGGAUUGGCGUUAUUAAAUUGUUUGCUUCAGUAGAAUGAAGCCACAGAUUCCUGAAUAUUAUGAACUUUUGUAUUCAUUGGUACUGAAAGAUUACAUCAGAAAUGAAGAUGAAUACUGCUUUAAAUAAAUCAAGUCAACCAAACUAGAAUAUGAUUUCUCACAUUAUGUGUAUGCCUCGAGCAUACAGAUGGGAUUAUGACAUUACACUGCAAAUACAACUUGAUACACUGAGGCUUGCAGUCUCUCUUGCCUGAUUCGGGGAGAAAACUUUUCUUGGUUAACUUUACAUUGCUGAAAUGUGCCUCCAGUUUAUUUUGCUUUUCCAAAUGUUACAUUUGUUUCCUAGUGUUUUAGCUUUUUAUGUUCUGCUGUCAAUGUUUUUUUUCUUAUCAAUUUUUUUUUUUAGUAAAAUAACCACUGAAUAUUAAAAAUGAAUAAACUUUGAAUGUCUGAGGCAUUAUGCGAUCUUGCUAAAAAUAUCUGUAAAUUAAAGGCCUCACUGUUUAUGAAAACUAAAAUGUAGGCAGCUUAAUGGGGUUUUUUUUUUAAGCCCUUUAAUUUGUAGUUUGCCCCCUUCCUGUUGCAGAUGGAUGCUAAAUCUCAGGAAGUUUAACAGAAAAAAGUGUUAAUAUGCUGUUUGAAUGGGAGUUAUGUACAUUUGGCAAAAUAAGAGGAAGCUGCAUUUUUUUUAAGUUGCAUCUAAAGUUAAAGUCAAACCAGUUUGUACAUUUAUUUUUAUGUCAAGUCUUUGAAUGGGAGUUUGCAGUCCAUUAUUAAAAUAUGUUUAAAAAGACUA